UGCUGAGAACAAGUGGGGUCCGCCCUCCUGUACCGGUGACUGUUCCGUGUGCUACAACGGCGGUGUGUGUGACGACAACACGGGGGAAUGUGUCUGUCCUCCGGGAUUCCAUGGACAGAAUUGUGAAAGUGCCUGUGCGAACAACAAGAUCGGUACCAGCUGCACGAGAGAGUGUGAGGGUGGAGACUGUACAGGCCAGCUGCUGUGUGUGAUGGACCCGUACGGCUGCUCCUGUGCUCCUGGACUCAUGGGGAUAGAGUGUAACACGGAGUGUCCAGACGGCAUGUACGGAGCUGGCUGUACCCAAACCUGUCACUGUGCAAACGGACCAACUGCCUGUGACAAGAAGACUGGAGUUUGUAAUGGGGGGUGUCUGGACAUGUGGACUGGAGGCUCGUGUCAGAUUGCCACCGUCUCCUACGAUGGUCUUUUCACCAAGGAGGAAGGUCGAUUCUUCGGUGAUUCUGCUGAUCACAUAGCAGAUAACAUCAACAUGGACAUACAGGAGUGUGCCCGCCGAUGUCUUCAGGAUUAUGGCAGUGACGACGGCGUCAACCCGGUAUGUCUGUCCUUCAACCAUCGCCCCGCGGGAUCGCCAGAGGGCGGCAGUGCACGGUGUUGGCUCCGUAGUAGUGACAAGGACACGGCGGCGUCUCCUGGUCCUGAGUGGGACAGUUGGCCUUACCGAAAUUAUUACCAAAGGAAACACAUCCUGGCGCCACAAGACUGUACUGAUAUAUUCAAUCUCGGGAUUCAGUACAGUCAUGUUUACACUAUUGGCCACCCCCAGCCAUUCCGAGCCUACUGUGACAUGGACACUGAUGGCGGUGGGUGGACGGUUAUACAGCGGCGGCAGGACGGGUCGGUGCCGUUUAACAGACACUGGGCUGAGUACGAGCAGGGGUUCGGCAAUCCUGGUGGAGAAUACUGGCUGGGAUUGGAGAACAUCCACAGUCUGACAACACAGAAACAAAACGAACUGUACGUGUACUUGGAAGACUGGGAAAUGAACAGUCGGUUUGCGCGGUACAGCACGUUUUCUGUAGGAGAUGCCAGCAGAAACUACACGGCAACGAUCGACGGGUACAGCGGGGAUUCAACUGAUAGUUUGGACCCGUCUGAUAGCGAUGGACGUCACAGCAUCAACAACAGGCAAUUUUCUACAACAGAUCAAGAUAACGACCCUCGCAACGAUAACUGCGCAAGUCUUUUCGGACAAGGAGGCUGGUGGUACACUCCAAGUUGCGGUUACGCCAUGUUGAACGGACAUUAUCUGACCGGCUGUUCAGUACCUGCUCCAGGUACAUGCUCCAGUGCAGACGGAAUCGUCUGGUACUCUUGGAAGGGGUACAAAUAUUCUUUGAAGACAUCAACCAUGAUGAUCAGGCCUGACAAUUUUACUGUGCAAUCAUUCAGGACGUGUCAGAAUAGCGGAACCCUGAUAACAGGACCUGAAGGUUCCGGACUUUACAUCUGCGCAUGUGCAGAGGGUUGGCACGGUGCCUUCUGUGAUCAAGAGUGCGGACACUGUUACAUGGAUCAGAUCUGUGACGGAGUUGACGGGACCUGUCCGACUGGAGGUGAUCACGUGUGUGCGGCAGGAUACGACGGCACCAAGUGCGAUCAAGAGUGUUCCGGGACACACGGCCCUGACUGUGCCACUCCCUGUGGACAUUGUUACGGAGGUCCGACAUGCGACACGGUCAAUGGAAAUUGUCCUACAGGGGGGUUUCACGUGUGUGCAGCCGGGUAUCAUGGUGACAACUGUGAUCAAGUGUGUUUUGGUUCGUACGGCCCUGACUGUAACACCACCUGUGGACAUUGUUACGGGAAUCAGACCUGUGCCGGAGUCAAUGGAACAUGUGCGACCGGAGGAGCUUUCGUUUGUACAGCCGGGUACCAUGGCGACAACUGUCACCAAGAAUGUGAUGACGGUUUCUACGGCAACGACUGCGGAGAUAGUUGUGGAAAUUGUACGAUAGGGACGGUCUGUGAGAAAACAAACGGCAGUUGUCCCGGAUGUGAGGACCCUUGGGUCGGAGACACGUGUAAAAUGAGGCACCCUGAUGACGUGACGGUAAACGUCACCGCAGUGAACUCUACAACCCUACACGUCACGUGGACAGUAGGAGUAACCGGUAACCUCGACAUCAUCGACUCCCAGGUACGCUACAAACGGAGCGACACGGAGGACUGGGGAGACUGGGAGUCAACUGGAGUUUCUGGUGCGAACGGCGAUGUCUACAUCUACGGCUUAAGGCCGGCCACCAUGUAUGAUGUACAAGUACGGGUGAACAACACGCUAGGAUGGAGCGAUGCUGGCAGUGGUCGGAUGGGAACUACAGACGAAGCACGUCCUGGUCCUCCUCAAAACUUGCUAGCCACACCAAGCUCCCACAACUCUGUCCACCUGACCUGGGAACCUCCGAUAGAACCCAACGGUGAGAUCGUUAACUACACAGUUCAGUACGGAGCGUCCGAGUCAUGCAGCGAAGCUGAGUUUCCUAGUCAUGUUAGCACAUCGAACGACAGCACCACUACCGUUCUCGGAGACCUGGUCCCGUACACAAACUACACUUUCCGGGUACGUGGGGCAACAAGCGCAGGAGGAGGAGACUUCAGCAACUGUAGCAUUACAAGGACAUUGGAGUAUUGUGAGUAGUGGAUGAUGCUUAAUUGAAUGGCUUCUGAGGAUGUUUUGUAGAAUGUUGACGAGUGAUAACAGUGUACA